GUUAUGUGUCUUUAAUCACAGAUGAUAGAGAGGUAGAUUUUAAUAUAUUUGUUUGUUUGUUUGUUUUGUAUUAUUGUGGUCGGUAUUGAAACAAGCUACUAUUUCCAAAUCUUAAUAAUGAUUGCAGUCCAAAAAAAUGUAGUAAUCAGUAAUGAUUUUAGACUACGGUUAAUUAAAUUUCGUUAAUAUAUAAAUGAAUAAAAAUGUCAAUAACAUUAACAGGUAAUAGAAGUAAAAUAAUAACAGAAAUGAUGAAGUUUUCCUUUCAUCACCGAGCUUUUUACUGUUACCUAGGCAUGAGCAUUUGGAUAUUCUUCCUUAUCACAGUAAUGUACAAAUACAUGUCUGCUGGUGAGGAAGUAGUAAUUGUUAAAAAAAAUGUACAAAAUGAAUACAUAUCAAAAAGUGACUCCAAAUUCCGUAAGCUGUACCUCAGAGUUUGUACUCCACCUGACAGCAUUGUGAGAGGAUCUGAAGGUGUGGUGGACAGUGACACUUGGCUCCUGCAGGGUGUCCUUGUAGUCACCCGACAUGGUGAUAGAGGACCUCUGACUCAUCUCAAGAGUGGUGACAAGUUGCCUUGUGAUACCCCACCCGUUUCACCAUUACUUAAAAGUUACGAGCAGUUUGUGGCGAACGCUAGUGUCGGCGGGCGCGCGUGGUGGGUGUCGGGUCCGGGCCCGUUCCACAACUUCCCGUCGCUGCCGGGCCGCCACCGCGCCACGCGCUGCGCCCUCGGACAGCUCACACCGCGAGGCCUCCUGCAGAUGCUCACUGUUGGCAAUAUACUAAAGGAAGCAUAUAGUGAAAAAUUGGACCUUCAUAAUUUGGAUGUGCCUGGAAAAAAAGACUCAGGUCGCGCGGUGUGGUAUAGCACUCGGUACCGGCGGACGUUCCAGUCGCUGGUGGCGCUCGCGUGGGGCGCGUGGGGCGCGGGCGGCGGAGGGGGGGCGGGGGCGGGGGCGGCCACGGGGGCGGGGGCGGGGGCGGGGGCGGGGCCCGGAGCGUGGGCGGCCGCCGCCAGGGAGGCGCACAGCGUAGCCUUCUGCUUCAGAGACUGCGCAUGCGCAGCGCACCAUCAUCUUAACAAGAAAAUAAAGUCUCAAUCUAAAGACAGACUCGAAUCCCAUCCCGCCAUUAAAGAGCUAGUCAACAAGCUGUCCAAAGUACUCUUCGAAUCUCAGGAGCACACUGACGCUGACGUAGUACGUGAUGCUCUCUUGGCGUACAUGUGCCACGAUGCUCCCUUACCAUGCUCAGAAAUGCCCAGCAAGACGCAUAAAUCUAAACUCCUCAUUAAAGGUCACAAGAAACUACGAGCAGAUACUAUUCCUCUUAGAAGUCUUCUAGAUGUCGAUAUAGACACACUCAAUAUGGAAUUGGACUAUAUUAACAAUCAAUUAGACUUCAACAAUGAAAUAGGACGGAAAGCGAAAGAUAUAAUAGGCAAGUACUAUGACAGUAAAGACAAACAAAAGGCGCCGUUAGAUUUCGACGCACAAAUGGAAAGGGAGAAAUUAUUGUAUUAUCAGCAACGGUAUAUAGAUAACGCUGACACAUACGACGAUGUUGUGAUAGUGAAGAAAAAUCUCGACGCUGAUUUCAACUUUCCAAACGAUGCAAGAAUGGACACAGAUUUUGAUGAGGACUAUCGGGAACCCACGCCAGAAAACACAGAAGACUUUUGCAUCAAGAAAGAACAUGUUAUGUCUUUAUUCGCGUAUCUUGAGUGGAGCUAUCGGCAGGAAAUCAAGAAUGUUCAUAACAGGAAGCGAGGGUUGCUCGUCGCUUAUGGUUUAAUCCAUAAUAUAGUACAAAAUAUAAUAAGAAUGAUCUCCGAAAACAAACCAAAGUUCGUCGUGUACUCGGGCCACGACAAAACAUUGCAAGCUUUGAUUUUGGCAUUAGGUUUAAAUAACUAUCAACAUUACAAUGUUCAGUAUGCUUCUAGAAUGAUCUUCGAGGUGUACAGAAAGAAGGAUCUUCGGGAUGAAUUCAAGUUUACAAAGAGAAAAGCGGUCGCGCAGGAUUUCUACUUUCGCGUAGUGUACAACGGCGAAGACGUAACGAAUCAGCUAAGUUUCUGUAAGUCCCGUCACAAUAUUGUUAUGAAAGUUGUUGAUCCCAUAGAUGAUGUUAAAAUUUACAAGACGUACUUAUGUUCUAUAGAGAACAUAGUGAGGUUUAUACAUGAUGAUUAUUUUGUAGCGUUCAAUGCGAGUAAUUAUAAAGAUGCGUGCGCUAGUUACGGGAGCGCGAAGCAUGUAGUCUGAAUAUGUGGCAGUUUAACAGCUGAAUGUAUAUACCAGUAAUUAAUUACAUUCCUACAUAUAAUUAGUGAAUGUACUAUUAAUAUAAUAAAUGAUAACUUUAUCAGGAUGGAUGAGUGCAUGGAAAUUUGAUACACUAGUUCAUAUCCUUGAUUAACACAUAGGUUUGUUACUACAAUUCACACAGACAGGGCUGCGGUUAUCUAGUAGAAUAUAUUGAAAAUUAAUGAUAUAUCAAUUAAUUACCAAAAUAUAUAAAUAAAUAUGUCUAGUGCAGCUUUAGAUAGUGUAUUGUGACUGAUAUUACAAAGUGUAAUAUAUUACAAUGUAUAUUGUUCAUCAAAAUUAGUCAAAUUAGUUAAUUUUUAGCUUUAAUAAUUACAUAUUAAUUGAUAAAUGUACAUAUCACACCAUUGCUCAGUGAUGAUAAAGCACAUUACGCACACACACAUGUAGAAUAUUUACAAUUAUAUAUUAUAAAUUGAGUUCAACACAACAUACAUAUAAUUACAAUGCAUAGCCAUACGGCAUGGUGGCUGAUGUUGGUAUGACAGAGGUGCCUACGCAUGCACCUUGUACAAAUACGAUUGUACAAAGUCGUAUGUAUACAAAGUCUACUUUUCUUGGUUUUACCUUUUAAUUAUUUGUAUGUAUGUCAACCGCAUCAUCUUUACAUAAUAUAAAAAGAAGUAGCUUCCGCUGUCUGUUCGCUUAGAUCUUUUAAACUACGCAACGGAUUUUAAUGCAGUAUUUAGCAAUAGAUAUAGUGAUUCAAGAGGAAAGUAUAUAUGUACACCCGUGCGGAGCCGGGUAGCUAGUACUAAUGUAAAGUGUACCUUGAUUGGUUGUACGUUUUAAUUUUUUGUAUGUCUGUGUCAUACGGAUUCCAUACGCACGAAAAAUAUGUAUGUGUGAUAGCUUACAGCUCGAAUGAGACUAAUAUUUUAAUUUUUUACUAAUUUAUUCAAUUUACAAUUUGUUUAUAUUAAAUAUUACAAUUAAGUCAUAAUUAUGUUCUAAACAUGUUUACCUACAUUAUUAAUGUUUAUAAACAAUAAUAUAGAUAGUCAUAAACAUGAGAUUAUUAAUUCAAUAACUGAGGCUAGCAUCCUAUAUAAGAGAGAAUAACAUCAUAUAUUUAAUAAUUUAUUUUACAAUUUGUAACCUAGAUCUCACUAUUUGGUUUUAAUGUUAAUUAAUUAUAAGAUCUCAGUGUUGCCCGCCUACUAAUUUGUAACUACCCAUAUUUAAUAAUGAUAACGGAGUUGUGCACUCGUCUACUCUAACGGGGCACCAGCGGAGGAUUAUAAGUUGAAUAUGAGCUUAGGUCACUUAGCCAAUUUCAUCAGGAAUUUAUCACGAUGGUUUCCAGGGGGACUCACAUAGAUGUCAACCUGACAUGGUACAUUACUACAAUGGGUCAUCAAUCCACAUUACUAAUAAUCGUCUAACUUGAGAUAUGGGCAUAUGUUAAGUUUUGCGUAAGUACCACUGAAAAAGAAUC